AUGUCGUACGAUAAUAAUCACAACUAUUAUGAUCCUAAUCAACAGGAACAUCUUGCUGGUGAUCAUGAUGGCUAUUAUCAGCAACAACCUUACGAUAUGAACCAGCAGGGAUAUUAUGAUCCUAAUGCUCAGUAUCAACAACAAAACUAUGACUACGAUGGUUACAAUGAUCAACAGUAUGGUAUGCCUGUGGAUCAACAGAUGCACCAACAGUCUAUGGGAAGCUAUAAUGCUGACCCGGAAGCUUUCUCUGACUUCAGCUAUGGUGGUCAGACCCCGGGUACUCCUGGUUAUGAUCAAUAUGGAACUCAAUAUACGCCAUCUCAGAUGAGCUAUGGGGGGCCGAGGUCAUCGGGAGCCUCAACUCCAAUUUAUGGUGGACAAGGUAGUUAUGAUCCAACACAGUUCCAAUUAUCAUCAAGCUUACCAUAUCCUGCUUGGUCUGCUGACCCUCAGGCUCCUGUCAAGAUCGAGCAUAUCGAGGAUAUUUUUAUUGAUUUGACUAACAAAUUUGGUUUUCAAAGAGACUCCAUGAGAAAUAUGUUCGAUCAUUUCAUGACCUUAUUAGACUCUCGAGCAUCUCGUAUGUCUCCUGCUCAAGCAUUAUUAAGCUUACACGCAGAUUACAUUGGAGGUGAGAAUGCUAAUUAUAAAAGAUGGUUUUUUGCAUCGCAACAGGAUUUGGACGAUUCAAUUGGGUUUAGCAACAUGAACUUAGGUAAAAUAGGUAAAAAAGCAAGAAAAGCAAGCAAGAAAUCUAGAAAGGCCAGAAAAGCAGUUGAAGAACAUGGAGAAGAUAUGGACGCUAUCGCUAACGAGUUAGAAGGAGACUAUUCUAUGGAUGCUGCAGAGAUAAGAUGGAAGGCUAAGAUGAAUGCAUUGUCGCCCGAGGAAAGAGUUAGAGAUAUCGCUCUUUACUUAUUAUUCUGGGGUGAAGCUAAUCAAGUUCGUUUUACUUCUGAGUGCUUGUGUUACAUUUACAAGACUGGUUUGGAUUAUUUAUUAUCCCCCCAAUGUCAACAAAGGCAGGAACCUGUUCCUGAGGGUGAUUUCUUGAAUAGAGUCAUAACCCCAAUUUAUAGAUUUUUAAGAUCUCAAGUGUAUGAAAUCUACGAUGGUAGAUUUGUUAAGAGAGAAAAAGAUCAUAAUAAAGUUGUGGGUUAUGAUGACGUUAAUCAAUUAUUCUGGUAUCCAGAGGGUAUUUCAAGAAUUAUUUUUGAGGAUGGUACUAGACUAGUUGAUGUUCCUCAAGAAGAACGUUACUUAAGAUUAGGUGAAGUCGAAUGGCCAAAUGUGUUUUUCAAGACUUAUAAGGAGAUCAGAACUUGGUUGCAUUUUGUCACCAAUUUCAACAGAAUUUGGAUUAUUCAUGGAACAGUUUACUGGAUGUACACAUCUUAUAAUUCUCCGACUUUAUACACCAAGCAUUACACACAAACAUCUAACCGUCAACCUACUGCAUCCUCAAGAUGGGCAGCAGCAGCCAUUGGUGGUAUCCUUGCUUCAUUUAUCGAAAUAUGUGCUACUGUUUGUGAGUGGUUGUUUGUUCCAAGAGAAUGGGCUGGAGCUCAACACUUGUCGCGGAGAUUAGUAUUCUUGAUACUUAUCUUAAUUCUCAAUUUGAUUCCUGUGGUUUUUACUUUCUAUUGGGCUGGAUUGCAAACAGUCUCGAAAGCUGCUCACGUAGUCUCAAUCGUUGGAUUUUUCAUUGCUAUUGCUACUUUAGUUUUCUUUGCAGUGAUGCCUUUGGGUGGCUUGUUUACUUCUUACAUGAACAAGAGAUCAAGAAAGUACUUCUCAUCUCAGACUUUCACAGCUAACUUCUACAAGUUAAGAGGUUUAGACAUGUGGUUGUCAUAUUUGCUUUGGUUUUUGGUCUUUUUGGCUAAGUUGAUCGAAUCUUAUUUCUUUUUGGCUUUGUCUAUAAGAGAUCCCAUCAGAAAUUUGUCUACUAUGACGAUGAGAUGUGUUGGUGAGGUUUGGUUUGGUGUUAGAUUAUGCAGACAACAAGCUAAAAUCACCUUGGGUUUGAUGUACCUUGUCGAUUUGUUAUUGUUCUUCUUGGAUACUUACAUGUGGUACAUUAUCUGUAACUGUAUCUUCUCCAUUGGACGUUCCUUUUACUUGGGUAUUUCUAUCUUAACCCCGUGGAGAAAUAUUUUCACAAGAUUGCCUAAGAGGAUCUAUUCCAAGAUCUUGGCUACAUCCGAAAUGGAGAUAAAAUACAAGCCAAAGGUUUUGAUUUCUCAAAUUUGGAAUGCUAUUGUUAUUUCCAUGUACAGGGAACACUUAUUGGCCAUUGAUCAUGUGCAGAAAUUAUUAUAUCAUCAAGUCCCUUCUGAAAUUGAAGGAAAGAGGACUCUCAGAGCUCCAACCUUCUUUGUAAGUCAGGACGAUAACAAUUUUGAUACCGAGUUCUUCCCUAGAAAUUCUGAAGCAGAAAGAAGAAUCUCUUUCUUCGCACAAUCCUUAGCUACUCCUAUAUUGGAGCCUUUGCCUGUCGAUAAUAUGCCUACCUUUACUGUCUUGACUCCUCACUAUUCUGAAACGAUUUUGCUUUCUUUGAGAGAAAUCAUCAGAGAAGAAGAUCAAUUUUCAAGAGUUACUUUGUUGGAAUACUUGAAACAGUUACAUCCAGUCGAAUGGGAAUGUUUCGUGAAGGACACUAAAAUUUUAGCAGAGGAAACUGCAGCAUAUGAGAGUGGGGACGACCCUGAGAAAGUUUCUGAAGAUGGAUUGAAAUCUAAGAUUGACGAUUUGCCAUUCUACUGUAUCGGUUUUAAGUCUGCAUCUCCUGAAUAUACUUUAAGAACUAGAAUUUGGGCUUCAUUGAGAUCUCAAACAUUGUACAGAACUGUUUCAGGUUUCAUGAAUUAUGCUAGAGCAAUUAAGUUGUUGUAUCGUGUUGAAAAUCCCGAAUUAGUUCAAUACUUUGGAGGUGAUCCGGAAGGCUUAGAGUUGGCUUUAGAAAAAAUGGCCAGAAGAAAGUUCAGAUUUGUUGUUUCUAUGCAGAGAAUGGCAAAGUUUAGAGACGAUGAAAUGGAAAACGCCGAAUUUUUGUUACGUGCCUACCCAGAUUUGCAAAUUGCAUACUUGGAUGAGGAACCAGCUUUAAAUGAAGAUGAAGAACCUCGUGUUUACUCAGCUUUGAUCGACGGUCAUUGCGAGAUGCUUGAAAAUGGAAGACGUCGUCCUAAAUUUAGAGUUCAGUUAUCUGGUAAUCCUAUAUUGGGUGAUGGUAAGUCAGAUAAUCAAAAUCAUGCUAUCAUUUUCCAUAGAGGUGAAUACAUUCAAUUGAUUGAUGCUAACCAGGAUAAUUACUUGGAGGAGUGUUUGAAGAUUAGAUCCGUUUUAGCAGAGUUCGAAGAACUUAAUGUUGAACACGUCAAUCCUUACGCACCUGAUUUGAAGCUCGAUAAGAGCGACUACAAGGCACCCGUUGCGAUCUUGGGUGCUAGAGAGUACAUUUUUUCCGAGAAUUCAGGUGUCCUUGGUGAUGUUGCUGCAGGUAAGGAACAGACUUUUGGUACUUUGUUCGCCAGGACCUUAGCUCAAAUUGGUGGUAAGUUACAUUAUGGUCAUCCUGAUUUCUUGAAUGCUACAUACAUGUUGACUAGAGGAGGUGUCUCAAAGGCUCAAAAAGGUUUGCAUUUGAACGAGGAUAUCUAUGCUGGUAUGAAUGCUCUAUUAAGAGGAGGUAGAAUCAAGCACUGUGAAUACUACCAAUGUGGUAAAGGAAGAGAUUUAGGUUUCGGUUCUAUUUUGAAUUUUACUACAAAAAUUGGAGCUGGUAUGGGUGAACAAAUGUUGUCCAGAGAAUACUAUUAUUUGUCUACUCAGUUACCAUUGGAUCGUUUCUUAUCCUUCUAUUACGGUCAUCCUGGUUUCCAUAUCAACAAUAUCUUCAUUCAAUUGUCUUUGCAAGUUUUUAUUUUGGUCUUGGCAAACUUGAAUUCUUUGGCUCAUGAAUCUAUAAUAUGCUCAUAUGAUAAAAAUAUUCCGGUUACUGAUGUGCUUUUCCCAUACGGUUGUUACAAUAUUUCUCCAGCUGUUGAUUGGAUCAGACGUUAUACUUUAUCUAUUUUCAUUGUUUUCUUCAUUUCCUUUAUCCCAUUAGUGGUACAAGAAUUGAUCGAAAGAGGUCUUUGGAAAGCAUUUUCAAGAUUUAUCCGUCAUAUCAUUUCGUUAUCUCCCAUGUUUGAAGUCUUUGUCGCUCAAAUAUACUCAUCUUCACUUUUUACCGAUUUAACUGUUGGUGGAGCUAGAUAUAUUUUCACUGGUAGAGGUUUUGCUACUUCAAGAAUCCCAUUUUCCAUUACGUACUCUCGUUUUGCCGAUGAGUCUAUUUACAUGGGAGCAAGAAUGAUGUUAAUAUUACUUUUCGGGUCCGUCUCUCACUGGCAAGCACCAUUAUUGUGGUUCUGGGCUUCAUUAUCUUCGUUGGUGUUUUCACCUUUUAUUUUCAAUCCUCAUCAAUUCUCAUGGCAGGACUUUUUCAUUGAUUACAGAGAAUUUAUUAGAUGGUUGUCAAGAGGUAAUGCUAAAUGGCACAAGAGCUCUUGGAUUGGCCAAAUUAGGAUGUCAAGGUCUCGUUUCACUGGUUUCAAACGUAAGUUGACAGGUGACAUUUCUGAAAAGAAUGUCAAAGAUACUUCUAGGGCUCAUAGAUCCAAUAUGUUCUUUGCCGACUUUUUGCCAACCCUCAUUUACACCGCUGGUCUUUUCGUUGCAUAUACAUUCAUUAACGCUCAAACUGGUGUCACCAAAAAUUCCUAUUCAGUUGACGGUAGUACUGCCCCUAUUAAAGUUAACUCAACUUUAAGAGUGAUCAUUUGCUCGUUAGGUCCUGUCGUCAUUGACAUGGGUGUGUUGGCUGUUUGUGUCGGUAUGGCUUGUUGUGCUGGUCCUAUGUUGGGAUUGUGUUGCAAGAAGACUGGUGCUGUUAUCGCAGGUGUAGCUCAUGGAUUUGCAGUUGUCAUUCAUUUAGUAUUUUUCAUUGUCAUGUGGGUUUUGGAAGGUUUCGUGUUUGCAAGGAUGUUGUUAGGUGUCGCCACUAUGAUAUAUAUCCAAAGAUUGUUAUUCAAAUUUAUGACGAUGUGUUUCUUAACAAGAGAGUUCAAGAAUUCUCAAUCAAAUACUGCUUUCUGGACAGGUAAAUGGUACGGAACUGGUAUGGGAUGGAUGGCUUUCACUCAGCCUUCUCGUGAAUUCUGUGCUAAGAUUAUUGAGAUGUCACACUUCGCAGGUGAUUUCAUCUUAGCUCAUUUGAUCUUGUUCUGUCAGUUACCAAUCUUGUGUAUUCCACUUGUUGAUAGAUGGCACUCAACUAUGUUAUUCUGGUUGAAGCCCUCGAGAUUAAUCAGACCACCAAUCUAUUCCUUGAAGCAAGCUAGAUUGAGAAAGAGAAUGGUCAGAAAAUACUGUACAUUAUACUUCGCAGUUUUAGUUUUAUUCGUUAUUAUUAUUGCAGCCCCUGCAGUUGCCGGUUCCAAGGUGCCAAAGUCUUUAGGAUCAACACUUACAGGUCCAUUCUCAGGUUUAUUCCAACCUAGACACGUUGAUAACAAUGACACUGGUAAGAACAGACCUAAGAGUUACACUUGGACAUACUACACUACCAAAGAUCCAAAGACAUCUUCUUACUCUACAAAGGCUUAA